AUGAGGAGGUUUUUGGUUCCUAGAACAAGUAUUGAGAAAGUGAAUGUUAAGCAACCGGAAGUCGAAGUAGAAGAAACACCACCUAAUGUGGCCAACGAGUUUAAUCCAAAUGAGAUUGUGCGUGAUCCAGGAUGUAGGAAACAAAUUCAUGAGUAUGCUCCGGAUAUUCAAGACCAAGUGAGGAGGGCAUAUAUAUUGAAGGGUCCAACGCAAUCAGAUUUAGCAAGAUUUCCUCGUACUCAAUUUGGGAAGUAUUCAAGAGAAUUUUGUAAAGCAUGGUAUAAUAAUUAUACAUGGAUUGAAUACAGUGAGUCGAAGGAUGCAACUUAUUGUUUCUAUUGCUUUCUCUUUAAGCCGCCCGGGAGGGCCGAACACUUUGGUUAUGAAGUCUUCAACAAAGAAGGAUUUAAGGAUUGGAAGCAUGCAUCUAAAGGCUUUAAAGAUCAUAUUGGUAGUCAUGAUAGUAAGCACAACUCAUGUGUGAAGCACUAUGAUGAUUAUAAUAAUCAAAGACAAAGUGUGACAAGUAUCUUUGCUAGAGCAACUAGGGAAUCAGAAGAAUUGUAUAAGAUCCGUUUAACUUGUUCUUUAGAUUGUACUAGAUAUCUCUUAGCACAAGGCAUUGCUUUUCGUGGCCAUGAUGAAAGCUCUACUUCUCUAAACAAGGGAAAUUUUAGAGAGAUGGUGGAUUGGGUAAAAUCUAAUGAUGACAAAGUAAGAGAUGCUUUUGAUCGUGGUCCCAAAAAUUGCACUAUGACUUCCGGUGGCAUUCAAAAGGAGCUCGCAACGUGUUGUGCACAUGAAGUUACGAAGGUGAUUAUGGAAGAGCUUGGUGAUAGACAAUUCUCUGUGCUUAUUGAUGAGUCACGUGAUAUAUCUGUCAAAGAACAAAUGGCAGUGAUGUUGAGGUUCUUGAACGACAAAGGGAAAGUUGUGGAACGAUUUAUUGCUCUACAUCAUGUCAAAUAUACUACAUCUGAGGCACUAAAGGAUGCUCUUUAUGGUAUUCUCGAUCGUCAUACGUUAUCUAUUUCAAGGAUACAAGGGCAAGGAUAUGAUGGGGAUUCAAAUAUGAGAGGUGAGUUUAAUGGUUUACAAAGAAAGAUUCUAGAUGAAAACCCUUAUGCUUUCUAUGUCCAUUGUUAUGCUCACCGUUUGCAAUUAGUGGUUGUGUCUGUUGCUAGUAGUUGCUCAUCUAUUCAUGAUUUCUUUGAGUACAUCUCCUUGAUUGUAACCACAACAAGUGCAUCUUGCAAGAGAAAGGAGGCACAACACCAAGAUAUUUUGAAUAAACUUGAGAGUGGUGAGAUAUCUCAAGGAAAGAGCUUGCACCAAUCAUCUAGUCUCGCUAGACCCGGAGAUACAAGAUGGGGUUCACAUUAUACUACCUUGAUUCGUUUGGAUCAGAUGUGGUCCUCUAUGUUAGAGGUGCUUAGUAUUGUUGAUGAAGAUGGACGUCGACCAUCUCAAGCGGCGGGUUUGAUAGAAAAAAUGGAGAGCUUUAAAUUUGCUUUCAUUUUGAAGCUUAUGUUAAAGUUGUUUGGUAUCACAAAUGAACUUUCAAAAAUCUUGCAAACAAAAGAUCUUAAUAUUGUGCUUGCUAUGGAAUUAGUUGAUGAUGUUAAAGCUCGACUGACUAUAUUGAGAGAGAGUGGCUGGAAUGAUUUAUUUAGUGAUGUCCAAGAAUUUUGUUUUGCUCAAAGUAUUCCGGUGCCAAAUAUGGAUGAAGAAAUACCGGUUCGGGGACGUUCAAGAAGAGAAGGGAGGACUGUCACUAUUCUUCACCAUUACCGUGCAGAGAUUUUUUAUGUUGCUAUUGACAAAAUAUGUGUGGAGAUGGAUCACCGGUUUUGUGAAGGAAGUAACGUUGUGCUGGAUUGCUUCUCAUGUCUUGACCCCAAGAACUCUUUUUCCAAGUUUGAUGUUGAUAAGCUUGCUCGUCUUGCUAAUAUUUAUCAUGCAGACUUUUCUGAUGAUGACCGUGGAACAAUAAGGGAGCAACUUGAGACUUAUGUACAUCAAGUGAAAAGGCAUGCUUCUUUUACUUCUUGUGAAGAUGUUCAAAGUUUGGCUAUGAAGAUGGUUCAAACUGAGAAACAUUUGGUAUUUCCUUUGGUUUACAAGCUCAUUGAGUUGGCUUUGAUAUUGCCGGUGUCGACAACAUCUGUUGAAAGAGCUUUUUCAGCAAUGAAGAUUAUCAAGUCUAAUUUGCGCAACAAGAUCAACGAUGUAUGGUUCAAUGACUUGAUGAUAUGUCACACCGAGCGGGAGAUAUUCAAGUCACUUAAAGAUGUUGAUAUUAUUCGAACAUUAACCGCAAAGAAGUCUCGGAGAGGGCAUUUACCUGUUAAUUUUAUUUAG